CUUGCUGUGCCCGCUUCUCUUUUAAGUACGAGAACGGCGAGAGGGCAGCAUGGGCGACUGGAGUGCCCUAGCCAAGCUCCUAAAAAAGGUUCAGCCCUACUCCACAGCUGGAGGAAAGGUAUGGCUCAAGGUCCUGUUCGUCUUCCGCAUCCUGCUCCUGGGGACGGCCAUUGAGUCAGCCUGGAGUGAUGAGCAGCUGAAGUUCCGGUGCAACACUCAGCAGCCUGGCUGUGAAAACAUCUGCUACGACCAAGCUUUCCCCAUCUCUCACGUGCGCCUCUGGGUCCUCCAGAUCAUAUUCGUGUCUGUGCCUACACUCUUAUACCUGGCACACGUGUUCUAUGAGACCCGGCAGAAUGGGAAGCUGAAGAAGCAAGAGAAGGAGCUUGGAGCUGUUCGUGUUAAUGGUGCCUGCUUGGAACCGUGCUCGCAGCAAACUGAAGAAAAGAAGUUCGAGAGCGGCAGUGAAGAACAAGCUAAGGUGGAAAGGAAAGGCAGGUUGCUGCUAACCUACAUGCUCAGUAUCUUCUUCAAGUCUGUCUUUGAGGUGGUCUUCCUGCUGGUCCAGUGGUACAUUUAUGGAUUUAUCCUGAAGGCAGUUUACAUUUGUGAACAACCUCCUUGCCCACAUCAGGUGGACUGCUUCGUCUCUCGCCCCACAGAAAAAAGCAUCUUCAUCCUCUUUAUGCUGGUGGUGUCCCUGCUGUCUUUAGCCUUGAAUGUCAUUGAGCUGUCCUAUAUCUUAUUUAAGGUCAUUAAGAAUUACAUGAGAAAGGAGGAUGAGGUUUACUAUAGUAUAGCUGAUCUCCAGAGCCUUUCCCAUGCCUCCUCACCAAAUGUUCACACUACCAUGUUUUCUGAGGAUCAGGUGGUUCCUGGGGAACAAUAUCGGUUACAGUGCGUAACAGAGUUGAGUGGGGGAAGGCAGGCAGACAGUAUCUUUUCUGCCCGGCACUCAUCCUUUUCUUCACCCUGAGGAUAAGCAGGAUUCUCAGAUGGUCUGGGUGGAGAGGAAAGCAAAUCAAAGCCACUGAACACGAGUGUUGCAGAGUAGCAGCUCUCCACCAAUAGUAGUGGCCAUGACAACAGCAGCCUGAUAGCUUAGAUACUGCGAUUUCUUCUUGAAAGCAUUGUGAUUUUGCCUGGUUGCUAAAGAGAAUCAAAGUGUGGUAGAAAGUGUACCCAUGUUUCAGUACAGAUAAUAUUCAAUGACCUUAUUUGUGAGAACUAGCAAGCAGAAAGAUAUUAGACCACAAGGAUCUAGGAGAAGAAGUGGAAGAGACAUGUGUUAUGAUUAAAGUUCUUGACUCAUUGGUAAAUGGUUUGUCUAGUAUGUGUAAGAUCUCAAGUAACAUAAGAACAAAAAGAUAGUAACUUAAACAAAUGAACUAAAUAAAUAAAAUGGUUGACUCAAAGAACUUUUAGUCCAACUAUAACUUGUAUUAGGCAAUGUAUAAGGACCUUGCCUCUCCCAUAUUACCCUAAAAUGGUUCUGGGAGGGGGGGGAAGAGUGAUUUUAUUAUUUAUCCAUAGACGCAGAUACAGUGUAAAUUCCCAAUCCUGCGUUUUAAAAUAAUACAAACAUACCAUUGAAAGUUGAGCCUUUCUCUUGGAUUUUAUUGUUUGGGCCCAUACUAUGUUUAUACUGUUUAAUUCCUAACGUAAAAGUAAAUUAUGUUUUCCCUUAAAAUGCAUCCCCCAAUUUAUAAUAUGUCAUAGUUCUGGUAAUUGUGAUGAGUUUUCUUUUUCUCUUUUAUACUAUACCAGCAAUCCUAUCACUGAUGUAAACAAUUUAUUUUUCUUUUCCAAGAAAGAGUUGGAGCCCUUAAAGAAACAGUUGUACUGAAAACAGCAAUUGUGAACAUGACAAACUUAAAUGCUUAGAAGUGAAUUAUGAAAUGUGUCUACAUGAAUUUGGCAAUAGUGGGCAUUCUUGGCUUUGUUUUAGAUAAUACAUAUUAAUUCAGAUGUUACCUUCUGCUGUGAGUUUGGCAGUCUCUUGUGAUUACUGGCAUUUUUCAUGUUUAUAUUAAGAUUUUAUUUGGAAAGCAGGAGAGGGUGAGGGAGAUUUGUGAAAUACCUGUGUAAUUGAUUUGAAACAUAUAAAAGAAAUGCUACUCAUUUUUCUUAUGCCUUUUGAUACAUACCACAGAUUGAAAAAUACUGAGCUGCAGACUUUUGUUUUUCCAUGACAGCUACACACACA